UUUGUUUAAUGGUCACACUCAAUAGUGGACAUCGAGUGAACAUCGAAGUGAGUGAGGUCGUGGAGGAAAUUUUACCAUCUUAACACCAUCGCCUUUCGCCAAUUACACCAUGGCUGACAACGAAAAGGCGCCGCAGCCGCAGCCCCAACAGCAGCAGCAAUCGGAGCAGCAGCCUGCCAAAGCGUCUAAACAAAUUAAGCAGGUCAUAGCGGAAAAAGUGUCUGGCACUGUUAAAUGGUUCAAUGUGAAGAGUGGAUAUGGAUUCAUUAACAGGAAUGAUACAAAGGAGGAUGUGUUUGUGCACCAGACGGCCAUCACCCGAAACAACCCUCGUAAGGCUGUUCGCUCUGUUGGGGAUGGAGAGGCGGUUGAGUUUGCAGUGGUAGCGGGAGAGAAAGGCUUUGAGGCAGCCGGAGUGACUGGGCCGGGGGGUGAGCCUGUCAAGGGCUCGCCCUACGCAGCGGACAAGCGUCGCGGCUACGCCCGGCAGUACUACCCGCGCGGUGGCUGGGAUGGCGGCGCGCGCCGCGGGGGAGGCCGGCGCGGGGGUGGCGCUGCCGGAGCCCCGCCCGUCGAGGAGGGCGGCGAGGGUGGUCCGCCGCACCAGCGCAACUACUUCCGUCGCAACUUCCGGGGCGGCCCGCGUCGCGGCGGACCGCGGCCCGUAUACCGCGGCGGCUACCGCUACGUGCGGCAGCGUAGCGGCCAGGCGGGCGCCGGCCGCGGUGCAGGUGCCCCUGCUGACGGGGAACCGGCGCCGGUGGCGGCGGGAGCGGGCGCGGUAGCCUCCACGACUCAGGCUGGCAAGGGCAAGCCCAAGCCAGCCGCCGCGCUCGACUCCGCACCCGCGGGCGAGAGCCAGGCUUAGACUGGCAGCCGCCCAACCAUCCACCACAGUAGUGUCCCCAUCCCCUAGUGUGCCGUUCCAGGUCAUCGGUGUUUUAGCCUAUUAGAACUACUUCAAAGCUUAAAAUAUAAAUGUCAACUCAAUAGAUUCUUUAUUGUGCUUUCCGUCAAUAAUCUGUCACCUUACUACUGUACUAGUGGGGGUUGUUAAAAGUACAUUUUGCUUAUCAUGUCUAGUUUUUCUUAUAUUUGUAUAUGUCUAAACUGAUUGUAAGAUUGGUUUUUAUUCUCUGAAUUAAUCAAUACAAUUGUUUGUAAUGAUUGAUGAAAACAUAUGAAGAAUAAAUUCUUCUUUCUUGUGUGAA